UAAUUCUUUAGCGCAGUAGAGUAGAAUGCUUCCUGGUGAAUGGUCCUGAAUUGUGACAGCUGUUGACAUUUGUCAAACAAGUUGACAUUUGUGAAUGCAUGCUUUUUCUGCAAAAUAAUAUUCUCGGCAAUUCACAAAUUUAUCUUCGUCUUCCGGAAUAAGGCUGAUGGUUGAUAGUACGCACUUAUUUUCCCCGAACAUGACUCGAUGAUGGUAUUGACAAUCAGUGCUCAGGAAUUCCCCGAAAGGUCGCUGCAAUUUGUUUGGACGUCCAGCCCUCAUCGAAAUAGAAAGAGAUUCGACUGCUCCAAAUGCCCGGAGAUCAUCGGCAUAUGACAGAAAUUUGCAAUUAAUGACGUCAGCUAUGUUGUCGAUAAAUAUAAUGAAAGGAGCUGAUCCCUCUGAAACACCUGAUAUUGCACUAAGCUUUU